UACACGUCCCCUUCCUCUGUCCGCCCAAUCGCUGUGGCCAGCAGUGAGCAGUGCACCUCGCUAGCUUGCCCGGCGGCCUGUCUCUUCCCCGGCUGAAUGGUGAGCGUGAAUCCCCCACGGCCUCUCCAAUCAUUCGCGCUGCCCACCCCAUCCCUCCCUCUGCUUCUUGAACGCCUCCUCUGCUUCUCACGACGUCAUCCAUCUUCUUCCAGCCCAGCCAUGCCUGUCGCCGCGCUCCAUUCCCUCCCGGCGGUCCUCGGCGCGGGCCGCCGCCGGGUCCAGCGGCAGGCGCGGUUCGGCCUCCGGGCGAGCUCCGUGGAGUCGGCAGCGGCGGUGAGUGGGGAGGUCGGGGUGGUGGUGGAGAGGAGGAAGAAGGAUAGGGAGGAUGACGUGGUGGUGGUGAAAGAGGAGGCGGAGGAGGAGGAGACCCGCGGGCUCGAGGCGCUCUACGACGACGGGUUCGGGGCCGUGACGGUGAAGGACUACUUCGCCGCCGCGAAGGCCGUGUCCAGGGACGACGGCGGGCCGCCGCGGUGGUUCUGCCCCGUCGAGUGCGGCCGCCCGGCGGUGGAGGACGCGCCGCUGCUGCUCUUCUUGCCAGGAGCGGAUGGUGUUGGAAUGGGGCUCAUUUUACACCACAAGUCGUUGGGCAAAGUAUUUGAGGUUCGUUGCUUGCAUAUACCGGUCAAUGAUCGUACACCAUUUGAAGGGCUACUACAAACUGUCGAAAAACCUAUCAAGAUUGAGCAUGAUUUGUCACCAAACAGACCGAUAUAUCUUGUCGGAGAUUCAUUUGGCGGAUGCCUGGCACUGUCAGUGGCAGCUCGUAAUCCACAAAUUGAUUUCAUUCUCAUACUAGUUAAUCCAGCAACAUCAUUUGCAAAGACUCCAUUGCAGCUAAUACUGCCCCUUUUGGAAGCAAUGCCAAGCGAGUUUCAUUUUACAGUUCCAUAUCUUCUCAGUUUUAUCAUGGGUGAUCCUUUGAAGAUGGCUUCGGUUAGCAUUGAAAACAACCUAUCUCCUCCGGAAACUCUUCAGAAAUUGUCAGAUAGCCUCACUUCAAUGCUGCCUUUACUUUCAGAAUUGGCAGAUAUCAUACCAAGGGACACUCUUUUGUGGAAGCUCAAGCUUCUUAAGACUGGAGCAGCCUAUGCAAAUUCUCGUCUCCAUGCUGUACAAGCUGAAGUUCUACUUCUUGCCAGUGGUAAUGACAAUCUUCUGCCAAGCGGAGACGAAGCAGAUCGACUCUUCAAGACACUGAAAAACUGCAGAGUUCGAUACUUCAAGGACAAUGGUCAUACACUACUCUUGGAGGACGGUAUCAAUCUAUUAUCUAUCAUAAAAGGAGCGAACAUGUAUCGCCGUGGUAGACAACGGGAUUUUGUAACUGAUUAUCUCCCCCCAACAAUAAGUGAGUUCAAGAAAACAUUUGAUGAGGAUCACAAACUGUUUCACCUUGCACUGAGCCCAGUCAUGAUGUCUACUCUGAUGAAUGGAAAAAUUGUCCGUGGCCUUGCUGGUGUUCCUGACCAAGGUCCUGUCUUGUUUGUGGGUUAUCAUGCGCUCAUGGGAAUUGAGUUGAGUCCACUGUAUGAAGAGUUCUUGAGGGAGAAGAAAACAAUUGUUCGUGGCAUGGCUCAUCCAAUUUUGUUUGGAGCAAAAUUUGAGUCUUCACGUCAAGAGUUAUCUCGGUUUGAUACAGUUUCUAUGUAUGGUGGAUUACCGGUCACUCCAAUAAAUAUGUAUAGGUUGUUCGAGAGGAAUGAAUUUGUUCUGCUUUAUCCUGGCGGUGUUCGGGAAGCUCUGCAUAGGAAGGGUGAAGAAUACAAGUUGUUUUGGCCAGAUCAACCAGAAUUUGUACGGAUGGCCGCGCGGUUUGGUGUUACUAUCAUACCCUUUGGGUGCGUAGGAGAAGAUGAUGUUUUAGAGUUGGUUCUGGAUUACAAUGAUCAGAAGAACAUUCCGUACCUUCGGGAGUGGAUAGAGUCAAUCAACAAAGAAACCCAAAGAGUGAGGGAUAGUGUCAAAGGGGAGGAUGGGAACCAGGACAUGUACUUGCCAGCUCUUGUCCCGAAGGUACCUGGCCGAUUCUACUACCUAUUCGGCAAACCAAUCGAAAUGAAAGGGAUGAACAAUGUUGUCAGAGACAGAAAGAGCGCAAACGAAGUGUAUUUACGUAUCAAGUCAGAAGUGGAGGACAUAAUGUCAUAUCUGAAGACGAAGAGGGAAGAUGACCCUUACAGGAGUAUAGCACAGCGUGCGCUGUACCAGGCAACAUGGGGCGUCUCUGCCCAAGUACCAACUUUUGAACCAUGAAGAUUAGGUGCACAUAUGUUCGUGUGAUAGUGUGGUUGGAUAUUUGAAAUCUGGGAUAAACAAUUAAAGAUAGAUAGAAGAAGAAGAAUAGCUCUUAUGUGUUCUGUGCAAGCAGAGAAGGAGAUCUUUAGGUCAACAGCAACUCUUUGAUCAGCUGUAAUGCGUUCAGGGGAAAAUCUACCCCCAUUAAACCAGUAUACAGUAGAUUACAUAAACUAUACAGAACAAAAAUGGAUCUGUAAAUCUUUUUAACAAUUUUUUUAAUGAUGUAUAUUACUUAUUGGUA